CACGUAGGACUCCGCCCACCGCGAUCACGUGACCAGCAGCACUUCCUCAAACUUGAGGCAGCGCGUGGUCUUCUUCUGCGUUUUCUUCACUCGGCUCGUAAGUCCGAAGGUUCGACGAUGUUCGGUACCGUGAGUGUCGUCCUGCUCGCGGUGCUGCUUACCGGCCGCGUUGACGGCUCUGGGCCCAGCAACAUCCUCCUCAUCGUCACGGACGACCAGGACCUCCAGCUGGGCGGCAUGACACCCAUGAAGAAGACAAGAUCACUGAUCGGGGAGGCGGGAGCGACCUUUGUCAACUCAUUCACGGCGACGCCGCUGUGCUGUCCGAGCCGGAGUAGCAUCCUGACGGGCCGCUACCCCCACAACCACCGGGUGAGGAACAACUCGCUGGCCGGCAACUGCUCCAGCGCUCUGUGGCAGAGCGGCGCCGAGGCGGACGCCUUCCCCGUCUACCUCAACAAGCUACAGUACCAGACCUUCUUUGCUGGGAAGUACCUCAACCAGUACGGCAAGAAGGAAGCGGGCGGUGUCGGCCAUGUUCCCCCGGGCUGGGACCAGUGGCACGCGCUGGUGGGGAACUCUCAUUACUACAACUACACGCUCUCCAACAACGGAAAAGAGGAAAAGCAUGGUGACGAUUAUAAUGACGACUACCUCACCGACCUCAUUGCCAACAGGUCGCUUAACUUCCUGGAUAACAAGAGCCCGCUGCGGCCCUUCUUCAUCAUGUUGGCGCCCCCGGCUCCCCACUCCCCCUGGACCGCCGCGCCGCAGUACCAGAAGCACUUUGAGGACGUCAAAGCCCCCCGAGACGGAAGCUUCGACAAAGCCGGAAAGGACAAGCACUGGCUGCUCCGCCAGCCCGUCAGUCCCAUGCCCAACACCUCGCUCACCUUCCUGGAUGACGCGUACAGGAAGAGGUGGCGGACGCUGCUGUCGGUGGACGACAUGGUGGAGAAGCUGCUGAAGAAGCUGGAGGCCACCAAGGAUCUGAACGACACUUACGUCUUCUUCACGUCCGACAACGGCUACCACACAGGUCAGUUCUCGCUGCCCAUCGACAAGCGUCAGCUGUACGAGUUUGACAUCAGGACGCCACUGCUGGUCCGCGGCCCCGGCGUCAAGCCCAACCAGACGCUGAAGGCUCCCGUGCUGAACAUAGACCUGGCCCCCACCAUCCUGGACAUCGCCGGCGUCAACAUGUCCGCCGCCAACGUGGACGGCCAGUCCUUCCUCUCGCUCAUGGCGCCGUCGCUGCGGAACGGCUCGGCGCGGCCCUUCUUCCUGGUGGAGCACACGGGGGAGGGGCUAACCGUCGGGGACCCCGCCUGCCCCAAACUGGGGCCCGGCCUGUCGCAAUGUUUCCCCGACUGCGUGUGCGAGGACGCCGUCAACAACACGUACGCCUGCGUGCGAACGCUGGACGGCCGCGUCGACCUUCAGUACUGCGAGUUUGCAGACACCGAGUCCUUUGUGGAGGUGUACAACUUGACCUCCGACCCCCACCAGCUGGAGAACGUGGUCAAGAAGGUGGACCCCAGCGUGCUGCAGACCAUGAACCAGCGGCUCAUCAAGCUCCAGUCCUGCCAGGGCGCCGGCUGCCGCUCCGUCACGUAGACGCCAGCUUCCUGUCCUCCUGUUGUCACGACAACGUGCACAAACCUGCCAUUUUGUUUGCACUAACAGAUCUUUUUUUUAAAAAAGACAUGAUGCUUGAGGGACGUGUUGUACUUGAACAUCUACAAGUCCACUCUUCACGGUGAGUCCCUGAUUCUUCCCACUCCGCUUUUAUUCUGAAAAUGUUUUCUGUGAGGAUGUGAAGCAUUUGACUUUACUCCUCAGGUUAAACUCCACAUUUAGCUCGGCCUCCUCACUUUUAUGUUGAUUUUGUUGUCUAUUGAGCCUCAAGACAAAGAAAGAAGAAAAAAAAUCCUACUUAUUUCAAAAUGUUUAAUGUUCAUAUUUUUUUUUCUCGUAAUUUUGCCGCCUUUUUGCACUGCUGAGGUGUUGACUGUGAACAUUUAAACUGUGAUCCAAGGGAAUAUAUGUCAUGUUUACGUUUAGAGCAGGGGUCACCAACCUUUUUGAAAGCAAGAGCUACUUCUUGGGUAGUGAUUAAUGCGAAGGGCUACCAGUUUGAUGCACACUUCAAUAAAUUGCCAGAAAUAGCCAAUUUGCUCAAUUUACCUUUAACUCUAUGUUAUUAUUAAUAAUGAAUGAUAUUUACACUUAAUUGAACGGUUUAAAAGAGGAGAAAACACAAAAAAAAUGACAAUUACAUUUUGAAAGUUUAUCUUCAAUUUCGACUCUUUAAAAUUCAAAAUUCAACUGAAAAAAAGAAGAGAAAAACUUUAAAAAAAAGAAUUUAUGGAACAUCAUUAGUAAUUUUUCCUGAUUAAGAUUAAUUUUAGAAUUUUGAUGACAUGUUUUAAAUAGGUUAAAAUCCAAUCUGCACUUUGUUAGAAUAUAUAACAAAUUGGACCAAGCUAUAUUUCUAACAAAGACAAAUCAUUAUUUCUUCUAGAUUUUCCAGAACAAACAUUUUUUAAAGAAAUUCAAAAGACUUUGAAAUAAGAUUUAAAUUUGAUUCUACAGAUUUUCUAGAUUUGACAGAAUAUUUUUUUUGAAUUUUAAUCAUAAGUUUGAAGAAAUAUUUCACAGAUAUUCUUCAUCGAAAAAACAGAAGCUGAAAUGAAGAAUUAAAUUAAAAUGUAUUUAAUAUUCUUUACAAUAAAAAAAAAUAAAAAAAUACUUGAACAUUGAUUUAAAUUGUCAGGAAAGAAGAGGAAGGAAUUUAAAAGGUAAAAAGGUAUAUGCGUUUAAAAAUCAUUAAGGUUGUAUUUUUUUCUCUAAAAUUGUCUUUCUGAAAGUUAUAAGAAGCAAAGUAAAAAAAUUAAUGAAUUUAUUUAAACAAGUGAAGACCAAGUCUUUAAAAUAUUUUCUCGGAAUUUCACAUUCUAUUUGAGUUUUGUCUCUCUUAGAAUUAAAAAUGUCGGGCAAAGCGAGACCAGCUUGCUGGUAAAUAAAUACAAUUUAAAAAAUAGAGGCAGCUCACUGGUAAGUGCUGCUAUUUGAGCUAUUUUUAGAACAGGCCGGCGGGCUACUCAUCUGGUCCUUACGGGCUACCUGGUGCCCGCGGGCACCGCGUUGGUGACCCCUGCCUUAGACGCACGCCGGAGCCACUUUGAGAAAGUCAAUAAAACAUUAACAACCCUCGAGUUCUUUAUUACGCACACAAAGAUUGUGUGACCGAUGAUGUUCAAAAUAUCACGUGAGCGGACACACGAGUUGCAGAAAAGAACAGCAACCGUCAGCGUUUCGUGACAGCAAACAGGAAGUGAAGAAACAAGUCUCUUGAUCACAGAUACUUGUAGACUUGAGUCUCCUGCAGCGUCUGAAUGUCCAACGUGACGGGACAUUUGUAGAAGUGCGACAGCAUGGACUCCGAAUAGCCGAUUAAAAAGUAGAAUUUAUGCGGCGGCAUCUUUUGUAGCAUUAAGGCGCACACUGUCAGCAUGUUGCCCCGCCUCUUGAUCACCACCUCGUUGGCCAGGCAGCCGUGGAAGGUCCCGAACAUGAACCUCCUUAUGAACAUGUCCUCCACGGCCCGGUCUGCUGCUCCGUCUUCUCCUUUGAGGUUACCUGGAAGAGGCACAGGUGUCAAAAACUGAG